GGCAUGAUCUGUGAGUAGACAAACUUGCGUAGUCUUACCACGGCUCUAGCUGUCUGCCUCCCUCUCUGUAUGGACGGCCGGAGGGGUGCAGAGGAAACUGGGAUUGUUGUCGUCGGGACAGUUUCACCUUUUCACGUCCAGGGGAUGAUUUAAUUCAGGAAAACUGGGGCGUGGGGGGAAAACGGAGAAGAAAAGGGAGAAAGACGACGGGAGCGCGAGAGGAGAGAGAGAGGGGCAGCCGUAGGAGAUGUGCUUUUGGGCCGAGAUUGCGGCGCUAGGUACAGCACAGCAGCCCCUGCGACGUGUUGUUUUCCACUUGGUUGUUGUCCGCACGGUAAGGGCAAAAGAAAACAAGGAGGAAAAAAAAACUCCUGUCACUUUUGUUUUAUUGUUUUUUUAUGUCUUGGAUAGCUUCAACCAUGGUUGCUUCUUGUGGCCCAGAGAAAUGCUAGCUCACACCGGCCCCGUUUCCACGCUGUGAAAAUAGCCAGACGUUUCUUGUUAUCCCACUCUGCUGCUACUCGCCACCAGUUUAUUCCCAAUAAUCUGCACGUUUCGGUUUCGAAAGAAAAACUUCCUUUUUUUCUCUUAGGUCGGACUGAAGCAGGUUAGAGGCCUGUGUUUAGUUUUGACUGAUGGUCUUAUUCAGAUUUAUACUCCACACUGUUGGAUAAAAUGUCCAAUCACAGUAGAGAUAAAGUUAUCUGUCUUAAUGAGGCAAUUAACACCUUAAACGAUUGCAGCUGUGAUUUUAUUUUACUGUCACUGUACUAUUAAAGGUACCUCGAAUUAAGAACAAUCUUUCCUGCGUGGAAAAAUCAAUAAAAACACAUUAUUGUCAAAAUUUACUGUCGUGUGGUGGAACAAAGUUUGUCUUUUCUUAAAAAUGUAUUUUACAUAAGGACAUUUCGUUUAAAAUAAUUUAAUCUUGACAGUUUGAACCAUGAAACCCUCAAAUUUAAAUACACAAGACACUUAAAAGCCCAUCUUUCUUAUAUCUGACAAUAUUUUUAUCACUGGUCGUAUACAAGGAAGAAAUCACUACAUAAAAGUCUGAAAAUCAUACAGGCUUUAGGAUUAGAUAUGUAAUUUCAACAUCUCAAAGUUUUUAAAAUUGAGUUAAGAUAUUUUAAAACACAACUUAGUCUUUUUUGAAGGCAAGAGGAUGAAAAAAUGCAGAUUUUUUUGUUAUUCUCCACGUAUCCUGAGAUGUAUUAAUAUACACAACAUGUCAACAAUGUCUCAAAUGUGUCUCCUGACGGCAUCAACUCAACACUGCUGUGUAAUUUCUGUGCGGGAUGGACACACUAGAAGCCCCCAUGGAAUUGUUGUUUCAUGGCUUCCCCCCUCUUCUUCUGCUGUAGGUAUCCCUGUCUAGGCCUGGGCUCUGCAGAUUGUUCUGAAGAGGAAACGGACAACAAACGGUGGAAGUGAACAUGGCUGGGACCUCAAGCUUCUUUUCCAACGGACCUGUUCCGUGGAUGGACAACGACACGGAGAUGAACAACCUGUACCGGGAUCUGGAGCUGGGGACAGUGCUGACGCUGUUUUAUUCGAAGAAAUCCCAGCGGCCGGAGAGACGGACAUUUCAAGUCAAGCUGGAGACCAGGACUAUUAUCUGGACUCGAGGCACGGAUAAAAUAGAGGGAGAGAGUGAGUAGCCUGCACACACAAUCCAAAGUAUACACACUCAUGAAUGCUGUCCAGAACUGGUUGGUUUACAUGCACUGAGAAACGAAAGUGUUGUUAGUUUUUUGGAACAGCUGGCACAGGACGGGUAAGUCCAGAUGACAUGCUGACAUGAUAUUGACAACUGUGAAUUUACUUGGAUGAUACAAACUUUGAUUUCAUAGUUUUAUGUUUCAAGGUCUCAUAAAAUUAGUAAUAAUAUGACGAGUGUUGGAUACAAGUACCCAAAUCUUACAAAAAUAGUGAAAAUUGAACAAACAAAUGUCCUCGCUCCUCAGUCAAUAACGUCACAUCUCAGACUGACAACAAGCAGAGGGCACCGUCCUCUGAUCCUUGAAUCUCCUGUUAUUCACCAGGAAGCUGACGUUGAGAUAAAUCGUGCCUAACCGAGGUGGCGCAGGUUUUUCACUGUCUCGUUAAGUUGUCUGUGGCAGGAUGCCUUCUGCACAGCUGCACUCUGCUCCGGAUGCACCAAGAAGAGCACAUACAAUAACAUAGAAGACGAGCAGUUGCUUUUCUUUCUUUUUUUUUCUUCUUUUUUUCACACUUCAGUAUCAUCUUCGCUGUGAUGAAAGGUGUCGCGCACACAUGUGAGCUCAGAGCUGCCAUUUGAUACUCCUGAAGAGGUGAAAUUGGCCUAGGCGGCUCAUUAAUCUACAGAAAUAGAAUAUGAGGGAUUUUACUGGAAGUGUGUGAUCAUUUGGGAACGAUUUGGCUGGCUAUGUUUACCCCUUAUCAAUGGCUGUGAGAGGAUAAUGUCCAUUAACUGUGGAGACUGCACUUUGGUUUUUAACUAAAUAUAAAAGGCCCAGAAGUCUAACACAUUGUCCCUUCAUCUCUUUUAGAUUUCUUUCUUUUCAUUCAAGCUUUCCUAUAAAGUAACUGGUACAGGGUGUUUCAUGCGGCUCACAUACAUAAGCUAUAGAAUAUUGUGACAUAAGAUGUAGGACGGAGCAGGAUGUGGUCUCGCAGAAAAAGUGGCGGUAACAGCCUGCCUGAAAGUGUAGGCUGGGCAUAUCAUAAACAUAAGGUUUCAUUACCUGACACAUCAUCAAGAGUCUUUUCCAGUCAAAAAAAAAAAAAAAACUCCAACUGAGCAUGAGUGUGAAGCUUUAGGUUUGUACUUAAAUUCAAGCUGAUGGCAGCAGAAUAUGUUGAGUUUUUACUAAAGUUAUAAAAGUACUUUGUGCUCUGGGUCUCAACUUUAAUCUUCACAUUCUCAAUCUGUGACUUCACUUUGCAGUGUUUUGGUUUGGAAACCUGCUAUCUAGUCUCAUUUCCUGUCUGUCUGUGUUUUAAAACUGUUGAUAGAGACAAAAUUUCAAGCCAAAUAUAGAUUUUAUCACUGCAGGUUUUGGCGUCAAGUUACUAUGAGAUGAUAGAAAGUUAAACAUAAAAAAAAACUAUCUUGAGGUGCUGUUUUGCAGAUAUUUAUGGAUACUGGUGUUAAAGUCGGUGGGCAGGUGUCAAGAGUGCAGGUAUGCAGAUCUCGAUUUACAGUGAUGUAGAAACAACUGAACUGUUGUGGGCUGAAAAGUUGAUCUUAGUAGUUGUAAAAAGUUAAAUUUAGGAUGUGUCUUUUCUGUGUGUUUUUGAAUCAGAAAGACUUUGACAGAUUUAUAGUUUUCAGGUUUUAACAAUUAUAAGGAAAUAGCCUUAAAAAAACCACAGCAUCUGUCAGACAUUACUUAUCAUGAUAUGUACUGAUAACACAAUGUACAAUUAGGGUUGUGUGAUUAAAAUUGUUCAGGGUAAUAUCAUAAAACUUUUGAUAAUGUGCAAAAUUGAUAAAUUGAGUUUGACACUAAAACCAAUAAAAACCCAAGAAUCCACAUAUUUACUUAAUAUGAUUAUUAGCAGGACAGACCGUUGGGAAUGCACAUUGUUAUGAUCUGCAGUUAGAGCUGGACAGUUAAUGGUAUAUCUAAUAUUGUUAUAAGUAGGGAUGCACGAUAUUUAUCGGACCGAUAAAAUAUCGGCCGAUAUGGGGGGAAAUUACGUCAUUUUUUAUCGGUCCGAUAGGUGCAUUUUUCCGAUAGAAAGAUCCGAUAUAUUAAUGAAAUUACGAGUAACGUUUGCAGGCGGAGUAGCCGCCCGUCCGAGACGCGCUGGUCACGUCGUCUAUCAAGCCUUACUCGCAGGUCCCAAGCCUGACCCCGUCACUGCCUGACAGAUAAUAAAAUGUCUUCACCAGCAUGGUCGUUUCUCUCAGUGGCAGAAGAUGACAACAGCAUUGCUAUAUGCAAAACCUGUUCAGCGAGGAUUUCAAGAGGAGGAAUGAAGACGUCAAGUUUUAACACAACGAAUCUGAUAGCUCAUCUGAAAAGUCGCCAUCGCGGCGGAGCAGUAUUAAAGGACUAUGAGACAGCCGCCGAAGCUGCUAGCGGUACUAAAGCUAAGACAACAACACUACGGAGGAUCGAUGUCCCCAUUCAGCAGGCGUUUAAGAACUGCAAAAGCUUCUCAAGAGACAGCGAAAAGGCUAAAGCCAUUAACGACAAAGUGAUGGAGUUCAUAGCGGUCGACGACCAGCCUUUUUCCGUCGUUGAGAACCCGGGUUUUCGUAAGUUCAUAGCACACUUGGAGCCACGUUACACUCUCCCAAGCCGCCGCUUCUUCUCGGAUGUGUCUCUUCCUGCACUCUAUGAUAUUGUCGCCACAUACAUUCACAACCUGAUCGACAAGAACGGACUACACGUGAGUUUUACCACAGACAUAUGGACGUCAGAUGUUAGUCCGGUCAGCAUGCUAAGCCUAACGGCUCAUAAUAGCUCCUUUACAGUUUACAGUUCUGUUGAACAGUUCAGGGGAUCAAAUGAAGUUCUGCUUUUUGCUCUGUUAUUUUUAUUUAUAGCAAAUGACCACAUUUGAAGAGCCAAAAACUUUUGUUUGUUGUUCUAGAUAGGCCAGAGCAACAAAAAUAUCAGUUUUCAAUCGCUGCAUCCUGCACAAACAGAUUAUAUGAAGAUUAUAAUAAAUGUAAAAAUAUGAAUUUAUCGGUUAUCGGUAUUGGUAUCGGCCAUGAGAAGAAGAAAAUUAUCGGUUAUCGGUAUCGGUUGAAAUUUUUCAUAUCGUGCAUCACUAGUUAUAAGAUGUAAUUAUGAUCAUGGCUCAUAAUUGGAUGGAUCAUGAUUAAAACUUAGAGGAGGUAUGUGUGUUUGUUUGUGUGUGUCUGAAAAGCCAAGGGACAGAAUAAACAUGAUGAGGGAGAGAGGCUGUAGCUACAACAAGCUAAAAGCGAGAGACAUCGUUCUGAAACCCAAACCUUUGAGGCUAUGAAGAAUGUAAAGUAGUAAACAUUAAAAGAGCUCGAAUCAUUAGAUUUUUUAUGUCGGUGUAAAAAUGUUUUACUAUGAGGGAAAUCUGGUGUUUAAUCUAAAGAGUAUAUUCACAAAAGUUAAGCACAGCUCCUGAAGUGAAGAACUGAUACAUGGUCCCUGUCAGUAGAAGUUUAUAUGACUGGUUUUAUUUUAUUUUUUUUACAAAGAAUUGAGAGUUUGUAAGUUUUAAAGAUAUUUCAAAUUACUUAACAGUGUGUGAUGCAGAUGCCAUGUCAUGUGUAAUAAUGGUUUUUAAUAACCUGAUUCCUAAAUGUGAAUCAUUUUCAUUUACAUGGAGGUGGUUUGGUUUGGAAAAAGCAGGUCUUGCCCAAACUGCAGACUCUGUCAGAAAGCAGUUGCCAUCGAAGACAGCUCAACAUCUACCGUGUAUCAUCGUCUAUAAACGAAUUUCCAAACAUGAUACAGAGAAUGAGAUUAGCUUUAGCAGCCACCAGUCUUCUUUCUAAAGGGAAAAAAAAAAAUAAGUGAAGGGAAUUGAUUUUCUGUCAGUAAUGUCAGUGGCAGAUUUUUAAUCAAAACAGGAUGAGAUAACGAAACAUGAAUAAUAAUUACACAAACAAGAUUGGGAUUUCUAUCUGAAGCAUGUUUGACUCCUCCUCGACGGUGAAAGUGUUAUCAACGAAACAACACUCAUGGACUGAUAUUUCAACAUCACAGCAGUUACAGCAUUCGAGAGCCUUUGUAUCAACAUAAUAACAGUAAUGAUGAUAAUAAUGGUAAUACUAAUAAUAUGAUCAUUUUAAUAAUUAUUUAAUUAUAAUACUAAAGGGUGAAAAUGAAAUCAGAGCCAAAAAUCAUGUUUCAGUUCUUUGACUUAAUAUCAGCCUCUAUAAAAUGUUUACUUCAGUUUAGUUAAAGAUAAUGGGAUGUAUUUGUGAUAAGCAAUCAUUUCCAUAUCGUGAGUAUUUUCUGGUGUAGAAAUGCUUCGUCUGCAUUUUCAAGUCACACCAUGCCCCGUCUGCUGUCUAACCCCAUUUAGUUAAAACACAAACCUCUGACACCUUAGACCUUUAAACUCUGACAGACGAGACUCCACAUUUUUUUUAAAGUUUUGUUAAACAAUUAAAACAUGCAUCCACAGGUUCUACCUUUUUAAUCAUUCAUGACUUUGAUUUUAUUAGUUCAAUCUAGCUCAUUUGUUUCAUCAAACCGUUGUCAUUUUGGUUUCCUUCUUGCGAUUGCUCUCUGCUUUUGGGUCUUUUUAAGAUGUCGCCCUCAUCCGUGACAAACUAAGAUGAACGUUUUUUCCGCGCAUAUCUUGCACUUGGUUUGGUUAUAUAAAAAAGUGACAAAGCAGGAGGUUUUUUUUUUUUGGCAAGUUCACAGUUAUGAUACCUAGAGGUCUCAGAGGUGUUAACCCGCAUCGAACAGCAGAUAUGUAGUCAUUUAUCUAAACUUGCACCUGCUUUCUUGCCUCAGACAUCAAAAUGAACUCAAACACUUGGAAACACUCAGCCUGUUUUAAUGCAAUGUGUCCUGUUUAGUUGGUUGAACCUGCAUUUAAACAUUAUGGAAAGAUCAGGUCGUCAAUGCACUUCCACAGUUGACUUGCUAUAUUUACUAUGUGCUGGAAAGGGGAACAAAAUCCAUGAGCUGCAUGACAGAUAUUUGUCAGGGGGAAAGUCCUGUGUUUGACUUUACACACAACAUGGUAUGAAAGGAGCCGAUAUGGAUCAGCUGAUGUGUGAGUGCACACGGAAACACUGUCACGCUCUGCGCUGCUGCCUCUCCAACUCUGAUUGUAAUAUAUGAUUAAACAAUAUGGUGGCUUCUGGUCAAAAAUGUCAUAUAAUUGCAGCUUCUAAUGAUUAAUGUUGGGUUAGUCUUGAAAAUAUUUUUUUCCAAGUCAGAGUGAAAGUAUUCGAUUAGUUGUUUGACCCCACUAUGUUUCGUUUUUAGUCAGAUGAUGUGAUUAAAAAGCAGAAAAAGUCACAGUUUGAGAAGUGAAACAAGUUUGAGAAGUCACAGUUUGAGAAGUGAAACAAGCUCAUGUGUGAUUUUUCAGAAAUCACUAAAUAUUGAAGUAUUUCUGUAGAAAGAGUUUAUGUUUUAUUGGACUGAGUCACUGUUUUCAGGCUUUAUUCUUUUGGGCGGUGAUGAUCAGUCUUCCACAUUAUCAUAAAUGUAAAGGUAAAAAAAAGUGAAGAAAGGAAGCGAUGAUGGGCAGGCAGGACAGGAGUGCAGCAGGAAGUAUAGGAGUGUGUUGUAGGACCUCAUCUCCUUCAGUAAGAUUACACCUCCGGCUCUCUCCAAAUAUUUUGACUCGACUGACUUAAAGUGUUUUCUAACAGAUCAGCCCGCCGCAGACGCCGCGCUCUCAGCGGAAGUCUGCUGGCCCUUUUGUUUGGUAAGGUAAACGGAGAUAUGAUGUAUUACCGCGAGUUCAGCUCGCUGAAAUUCUGCGUGAGAAGAUUCACUUUUUUGCGCUUGAGAAAAGAGUGUGUGUACACUCACCUUCGUACGAGCACAGAUGUGGUGUGUAGGCGACAAAAGCACAGGAUGUGUGGUUCUGGGGCAGGAAGGAGAAGCAGGAGCAGAAACAAGUGUGUGUGUGUGUCUGUAAUUGUGUGUGUUUAGCAGGAGGGUCCCCGCUGUAGGUCUUUAACUGCAGCUAAUAUGACGCUGAUAGAAGCCUGUUGAGCUACUUUACAGCCUACACACUCAUAAAGUUUCAGACUGCCUGUUAAUGGAGGCAAGAUAAGACUGUGCCAGCUGUCUUUACAUAUGGAGUAUCUGAUUUUAGUGACCUGACGCAGGUAGUUCCUUUAUUUAGACCAGUAGACAGUAUAUCACAAAGGGAAAACUACAUCUGAGCUUGGUAGCACAAUCACUUCAUCUCCCCUCUCUGAUGCUGUUUUUACUGUGGUUUAUUCAAACAUUACAAGCCGACAGAUAGAAGCUCAGUCACUUUAAAUAUACAUACAUGUGGUUCAACUGGUGGCCUCAACUCCGGCUCUAAAUGUGGUCUGGGGGCUUAAAAUGCUUAUAUAUGCUGUGUCGGUCUGUGGCCUGGAGGGUUAGAAUUGAGAUGAACUGAUUUAUGCGAGUAAAAAACAAACAUUUAUGUUUUUGUAUCUUAAUCAGCAUUUUUUUAGUCCACAUUUUUCUCAAACAACUUUAUCACACAAAAAUAGAGUUUCUUUCCAAUAGUAUUUUGUACACUAAAAACAAGCAAAAUAUACUCUUACAAACCAUCAGUGCCAACCGCAGCUUCAUUAGUGCCGAAAAAAGUCACUUCUGUGUUUCAUUAACUGUUCCAUGCAUGUCUGUCUCUCUCCAGUCGACAUUAGAGAAAUCAAGGAGAUUCGUCCUGGACAGAAGUCCCGAGACUUUGAGCGCUAUGUGGAGGACUCUGCAGCUCGGCUGGACCAGGCUCAUUGCUUUGUCAUCCUCUACGGCACCGAGUUUCGUCUUAAAUCACUCAGCUUGGCAGGUACUUGCAGACCUUGUUCCUUAUGUGUUGCUUUGACUUGGUAAUGGGUUGGUACAUGUGGUAUUCCUGAAGCUGAAGUGUUGCUGUGAUGUUACCCAGGAUGCUUUAAUCAACAGAAAUUUGUCAAAUCAAGCUCCUCUACAGUGAUGAUGUGGUGAUUUUAUGAUUGUAAAUAAAUCAAAGUUUACAACAGCCUGAUUUAAAAAAAGGUAAUAAUUCAAAGCCCGUCAUGUUGAUUUUUUUCUUCCUAGCAACAUCUGAUGAGGAGAUGACCAUGUGGGUGAAGGGGUUAAACUGGCUCGUGGCAGACACGCUCAAGUCCCCGACGCCGCUCCAGAUAGAGAGGUAUGCUGAACACACGCAUGGGUCUACACAGUGAGUCUUGAGUGGAAACUGUUGUAAUGUGAAUAUAAUAUUAAAUUGUAUUUCAUUCUGUUGUUCCCAGAUGGUUACGCAAGCAGUUCUACGCUGUCGAUCGCAACCGAGAAGACAGGUAGGUCAUCGAAGUGAGAAGAUUUAAAGUCCCCUGUUAAUGCGAUCAACCUCACAGGAAAUGGGUGUCAUCAGAUUUAACUCAAUUUUUUGAAGCGCCAGUUGUCUGUCUUUUUUUAAAGUGUAACCUUUAGAGCAAGUAGAGUAGACUGGCUGCAACAGACUCGUAGGUGACUGAGUGAGAGGGAGUUGGGGGGAGGGGGGGUUAGUGUAGAGGUGUUACUGAGGAACUAACCUCUCAGCCACACACCAGCACCUCUUCCUGCUGAAGGAAACAGACUGCAGAGGAUGGAAGAGAUGUACGGAGAUGUUUGUCUGUUACAUCCCUGACGAAAGCACAAGCCUUUGUUAUGCUGAAGGGGGGGAGGAUUGUCUUCUAGAGUCCAAAUUCCAGGCUGUGUAGUAAAAGUGAAUACAAAAAAAAAAAGACUAGGCAGAACCCCAGAGGGUUGUGUUUUGAAUGUUUGUGAGUUUAUGAAUGAUUUCUGCAUCUCAGCAGGAUCUACGUGUCGCCUUAUCUUAUCCUACGUGCGUAUCCAUGUUUGUGUUUCACUCCUCGACCAAACUUGUGUAUGUGUUUAGGAUAUCCUGUAAGGAUCUGAAGAGCAUGCUGAGCCAGGUCAACUACAGAGUCCCCAACAUGAGGUUCCUCCGAGAGAAACUUCCGGUAACCUCAUCCUACUUAUCAUUGGCACUCCUUUCUCUCUCCAUCCCCCUCGUUCUUACUUCCCUUUCACUGUGCCGUCUCAGAGGCUAAAAGAUUUAUGAUUCGCUGCUAACGGUUCCUUUUUCUUCCCGUUUUGCAGGACUCCGAGAUGAGGAAUGGAGACGUUUCCUUCAGCCAGUUCGCUCACCUCUAUCGCAGCCUCAUGUUUCACGCUCAGAAAAAUGUAAGUGCUCUGUUUCCAUGCACGCACAGACCGUUUCUGUCCCAGCCCUUUCAUCCCUACCCCCCCUCAUCUGAUGUCCUGCCAACGCACCCUUCCUCGCCCAUCUGUCUGUUCUCAAAUGGCUGUGAGAUCAAUAUGGACCAGCUAAAAACCCACCAUACCCCUCUGGAGGCCAUUAGGACAUGCACACACUCACUCUCACACAGAUGAGGAGGCAGGCAGGCAGGCAGGCUGGGGUCAGAUUAAAUGGAUGACCUCAUACCCCCCCAUGACUUAACAUCCAGCCCCAACAGGAUGUCUGUCAACAUGAAAAGGCUUUAAUUUUGUUAAUUGACUAAUGUUUCCCUUUUUAUUCAUUUAGAUGGAGAUUCCAAUUGUGCAGAGGUAAGUCCGAACUGAACACACACUCACUGUGAAUUUUUACUGCAUCACAGAUCUGUGAGCAUCAUUUCUCUCUGCCAGGUACAUUGACAGACCAGAACAGAAGAUGUCCCUCGAUGACUUCAAGGGCUUCCUCCUGGAGUCUCAGAAGGUAACAUCGACGCUCAGUCUAACGUCUUUAUCGUUUUUGUUUUACCUCCACGCUCCAAUAUGUGUUUUUUGUCAUGUGAAUCCAGGAAAUGUGGGCGUCAGAUAAUGACAAGGUUCAGGAGUUCAUGUUUAACUACCUGAAAGACCCCCUGAGAGAAGUGGAGCAGCCUUAUUUCUACCAAGAUGAGGUAAACACAAGCUCUUCUCCUCGUUUGUGUCGUUUAUUUAAGGGUCUUUUUCUUUUUCUUCUUUUUCGCUAAUGGAAAAAAUGUAUAGGUGUCCAUCCGAGUCAUGGUUUCCAGUGCCCCCACUGAGCUGUGGUGGAGGUGGGCGAUGCAUGUAAAUUGACAUGGAUGGCCAUGAUCUCAGCCCAAAGCAAGUCCUCCCACACAUGUAGAAAAGGUUAUUGACUGUGGUGCUAAAAAGGGUUGUGCAGAAAUAAAGAAUGCUUUCAGUGGUCGCCAUAAAGUAAUGAUUGACUCCAGACAAGAGGAGGCUGGUACAAACCAGCUUUUAAGAGUUGACGCCGCCUUUUCUCUGCGUUUGGUUAUGCAGUUCUGUGAAAUGUGUGCUAGCUUUAGUCAAGAACAGAAAUAUUGUCGUUGAGAUACUCUGGGAAAUUCAUAAAUGGGACCGGCUGCAGGUUGAAGCCCUUUGCAGAGCUGUGGGAGAUUCAGGAUACUCAGUCAGUAAAGAUGCAUUUUCUUAAUAUGAGGGUUUGAGGUUUAAUAGAUAGUUUAAACAUCUACUAAAGACAGGAUUUGAAACCUUGUUUGUAUUUUAGGCCAUAAAUGCAGGAACCUGAUCUGUUUUAGUCUUUUCCUCCUUAUAUUUAUUAAGAAUUAGCCAGUUAUGAUGAUAAUAAGUUUGAAAAUGAUAACUGUACAACUACGGCUAUAAUAAUAAUAAAUAAUUAUAAUAUUAACCUUUAUUCGUGGAGCAGUUUUCUAGACUUCUGAAUGCAAACAAGCCAAAUAAAAAAUGAAGGUCAGUAAAACAAAGAGAAAAUCACAGUCACUGAUAAUAAGAGGGGCAAUAAAAGCAAAUGAAAGCUCUGGCUGACAAUGCCCCGUUACACUCAGCUACCAACUGAAGAUCAGCAAGAAGAUGUUAAAGUUGAUUCUUGAACGUACUGUCAUGAAGCGCACGUUUUUUUUAGUUUUGGUUGGAAAUCUGGAAGCUAAGUUCUGUACAAUCUGAAUCUAAUUUAAAAAAUUUUGGUUGAGGCAGGUGAGAAGGUGUUUCCUAAAAACCAAGGUGUAUUAGCCAGGUGUGAGGAAAUGAAAGUGUGUAAAUGGUCUCUGUGUCUUUUAAGAAUAAGAUAAUUCUAUUCCUACAAAAUACAGUUUGCUUCUCAUCUUAAGAUAUAGUUGAUAUGCCCAAUAAAACGUUCCCUCCAUCUGCUGUAAGGAAGCACUAUUAUUAUUAUUAUUAUUAUUAUUAUUAUUAUUAUUAUUCAGCUCAUGAAUAUUAUGAAACAAUCAAAUGUCAUUUUAAGGUGUAUUCUGAUCGACUGAGGCAGUCUCCCCUUAUGACAACUGCUAAAUGCUGAGUGUAUUUGAAGUAAAAGCUUAGAGUUAGAGUUGCUUAUCUCUCAAGUGGAAGGUUGAGGGUUCAAUUUCAGGUCCCGCUUUCCACAUCUGGUUAUGCAGAUGUUAUGAGUUGAGGAUCGGGACAGCCUUGCUUGUUUAAAGACAUCUUCUGCAGCCUGAAAAGUGAAGAUUUCAAACCAUCCUCAGUCUCACUGCUCUCCUCUCUCUCCUCUCCAGCUCCUGACGUACCUGUUCUCAAAAGAGAACACAAUCUGGGACUCCUCCUUGGACCAAGUGUGUCCUGAUAACAUGAACAACCCUUUGUCCCACUACUGGAUCUCGUCUUCGCACAACACGUAAGGACAGCUCUUUUUCUCAUGUAGUUCAUCACGUUGAGCUUCAGUGAAACCAAAGCAGCUGUAAUCAAGCCUUGGGAACGUGAGAAUCUGGCAUCUUCUCCCUUUCAGCUUCCAACCAAUGAGGACUUUUGAACUGUCCUCAUAUAUCAGAUUAAAGUGCGUGAUUCAACAUUUAGGAAAAGCGUUUCUUUCCUCCAAUAGAAAAGUGUGUGAAAGGCAGUUGAAAUGAUAACCUUCUGUGUGAGAUGUGGAACAAUACUCAUUGGAGCGGCGGUAUGAAAACUUCCCAUGCUGCUUUGAUAAGGUUUGAAUUGACAUACUCAAAGUGUUUAUGGUGGUCCACAAAAGAGGGGGGGCCCUUUUGAUACGGCGUGAGUGUGUUUAUGCUACCACCAAAGACCGAGCGCGUGUUUACGACAGAGUCCCUGAUGUGUGAAUUCUUUGAAAGACUGGUUCAGCGCGAGGCUGUUUUUGUGUACAUACUUUGACAGCACAUGCUUUAUUUUUAGCUACCUGACGGGAGACCAGUUUUCCAGCGAGUCGUCCCUGGAGGCGUACGCGCGCUGUCUGAGGAUGGGCUGCCGCUGCAUUGAGUGUGAGUAAAUGCGCGCUUGUAACCUCACAAAGUCAAACGUCGCCACAUGACUUGAAACCUCAUAAUUAACAGUCUUAACUCCCGCUUCUUAUCCUGUGCAGUUCCACUUUUAAAGCGGCCGCCACACCCUCACACUCAAACACACACUUACAGUUACACAACACAGCCUUCACACCAGACCCUUGUCAAGCAGGUUUCCAUGAAUAGGACUGACUUACAGUAGGUUAAAGGGUCACUUUAGCUCAAACAAAAGUAAACAACCAUGAGGUGAAGGUGCGUGUCUUGAGUUCAACAGUCAUGACAUUCAUGACAUAAUCAUUUUUUAAUGUAAAAUUUUGGUAAAAUUAGAUCACAUUUAUUUCUAAUUUUUUUGCAGUGGACUGCUGGGAUGGUCCAGACGGAAUGCCAGUAAUCUACCACGGACACACCCUAACAACCAAAAUCAAGUUCUGUGAUGUCUUGACCACGAUCAAAGAGCACGCCUUCGUCACGUCCGAGUGAGUCCUAAAGAGUACAACCCAACUCCUUUCACAAAGAUGAAAAAUCUAGGCCAUACCAGAGUGACAUCACUCAUGACUAUUGUGUUUACAGAAAUGAAAUAACAAACUCAGACCUUUUGAAAGUUCUUGAUUCACUUCCCCGUGUUCCUCCUGCAGCUAUCCCAUCAUUUUGUCCAUCGAGGACCACUGCAGUAUCGUGCAGCAGAGAAAUAUGGCGACCCACUUCAAAAAGGUGUUCGGUGACAUGCUGCUGACAAAGGCGGUGGAUAUUGCUGCGGAUGGUCUGCCUUCACCCAACCAGCUCAAGAGAAAGAUUCUCAUCAAGGUCAGGACCCGCCUCCUGCUCCCCUCUUCAUGUUUUAAAAAGCACAAAUAGACACUUUGUCCUCUGCGUUAUGACUUUGUAAUGUUCUUGCUUGUCUGCUGCAGCAUAAGAAACUCGCAGAAGGCAGCGCCUACGAGGAGGUGUCCACAUCCACUCCCUACUCAGAGAACGACAUCAGCAACUCCAUCAAAAACGGCAUCCUGUACUUGGAAGACCCCAUUAAUCAUGUGAGGACACGGUCUACACAUUGUUUUCUUUUCAUGGUCUCUUAGAGGAUUAAAGUCUCUGCCUACUUCAGCCAGUUUCUAGUGCAACACAUGGAUCUUCUAAAUAUUUAAUUUGGCACUCUUUAACCAACUGUUUCUCGCCCUUCAUCCUCUCCCUCUCUCCCUCUCCCAGGAGUGGUACCCUCAUUUCUUUGUCCUGACCAGCAGUAAGAUCUACUACUCAGAGGAGACCUCCAGUAAUCAGGGUAACGAUGAUGAAGAGGAGCAUAGAGAGGUCUGUAGCUCUGCUGUGUCCGUGUGAACUACACUAGAUUUACAUUACAUGUAAAAUACAUCAAGUGUUUUUCUAUUUCAAUAAAUGUGGCCCCUGAGUGUGGGAAAUACCACUUACACAUCAGAUGACAUAUCCCUCCUCUCUCAUCUCCCAGGUAACGAAUGGUAUGGACCAGCAUGUGACAGAGAAAUGGUUCCACGGGAAGCUGGGUGCAGGGCGGGAUGGGCGGCAGAUCGCCGAGAGGUUACUGUCGGAGUACUGCCUGGAGACUGGAGCUCCUGAUGGCUCAUUCCUGGUCAGAGAGAGCGAGACCUUCGUGGGAGAUUACACUCUGUCUUUCUGGUACGGUGCACAGAAACUUGAACUCAGAGUAUUUGAAACUUUUGCAUGUUUUGUAAAUACUUUAAAAGCAUAAACAGUGUUAACAUUCAUAAUAAUACUGUAAGUAGGUGAGGUGUAUGUCUGACCUUUGUCACGAGCAGCACUGUGUUGAGCAGGGUUUGCUCUUAGCAAUCAACAGUGUCAUGCUUGCUGAUCAAUCAAUGUCAUUUUCUCCACCAUCGAUUGGAACCUUCCUUUCUGCCCCAGGCGUUCAGGGCGGGUGCAGCAUUGUCGUAUCCACUCUCGUCAGGAGGCCGGCAGCCCCAAGUUCUACCUGACCGAUAACCUGGUGUUCGACACGCUCUUCGCGCUGAUCAACCACUACCAGCAGGUGGCGCUGCGCUGCAACGAGUUUGAGAUGAAGCUGACCGAGCCUGUGCCUCAGACCAACGCUCACGAGAGCAAAGAGUGAGAAACAGAUGUUUCUAUUUCCCAUGUCUUUGGAUAAAAUCGAGGGUCACUGCUUUUUCUUCUAUUCUGACUCGAAAUAGUAUUUAAGGAUGCUAAGAUUAAUAGAUUUUAAAGGUUUUUAAGAUGGGCGCAGAUGGCUGAGUGGGUUAGCGUGCCCCAGGUAUGGGCACCACGGUCCCGCAGCGGUCGCGGAUUCAAGUCUGGCCUAAACCGUGUGUUGCAUGUUCUCCCCCUCUCUCUCUAUCUCCUCACAUUUCACCCUGUACUUUAAAUAAAAAAGGCAAAAUCACCCAAAAAAGAAUAAGUAGAUAAAAUCAAAUAAAAGUUUUAAACAGUUUCAACACUCUGCUUGUGUUUCAUCGGUGUCCCUCUGUUUGUCUCAGGUGGUACCACGCUAACCUGUCCAGGAGCCAUGCUGAGAACAUGCUGAUGAGGGUUCCUCGUGAUGGAGCUUUCCUUGUGAGGAAGAGGGCAGAACCCAACUCCUUUGCCAUUUCUUUCAGGUAACAUUAGUCUAAAACCCGCUUGAUUGGAAAUGUAUUAUUUAUACUAUUCACCUCUUAAAACACGCAAGGAUGCUAUAUUAAGAAUCGAGAUACUGAAGGGCUUCUACGUGAUACAAAACACUGAAUGAAAGAAGUUUAACGCUUUGUUGAUAGCUCUAAGAAAAAGGAAAAAAUAAAUAAUAGGAUGUAAAUACUGAAAAUGUUUGAAUCUUUAAAAUUAAUCCCAAACAAGGAAUUAUUGAUCGUGAAAAGUACUUUAUAUUCUGUGUAUUCUUUCAGUUUUAGAAAGAGAGAUUAUUGUUUGUGUUUGUUUGGUUGUUGGAAACGAAUGGGGGGAAAAAAGACCUUUGCAAUUUACAAUUACAUUACAAAACUCUGUAAGGAUUAUUAAAAAACAUGCAAGGAUGAAACAAAUCAGUGUAAUGUUUUCAUUACAGGGCAGAGGGAAAGAUAAAGCACUGUCGGGUGCAACAGGAAGGUCAGACGGUGGUGCUGGGCACCUCCGAGUUUGACAGCCUUGUCGACCUCAUCAGCUACUACGAGAAGCACCCUCUGUACCGCAAAAUGAAACUGCGGUAUCCCAUCAACGAGGACACACUGGAGAAGAUAGGCACUGCUGUGAGUAGAUGAAACAUAACUUUUAAAAAAAUGUGUGUUUAAUCUGUGGAAACCUGCUCAACACACAAACCUGUCGUCCAACAGGAGCCAGACUAUGGGUCACUGUACGAAGGCAGGAAUCCAGGCUUCUACGUAGAGGCCAACCAAAUGCCGACAUUUAAGGUGAGUGUCAAGUAAGGAGAAGUUUAAAUGUGCUCCUGUUCAGCUUGUUUAAUUAUCUGUUUUGUCUUCUCAGUGCACAGUGAGAGCCAUGUACGAAUACAAAGCCCAGCGUGACGACGAGCUCUCCUUCACCAAGAACGCCAUUAUCUCUAAUGUGGACAAACAGGAAGGAGGAUGGUGAGUGACUGGAAUUACAUUUUACAUAGGAAGUAGUUCUUCAUUAUCCAUCUGGACAAAUCAUAUUUGAUUCAAGACGGGCUCAACUUUACCGGGAGGGGCUGUGUUAUGAUAUGGAUUUCAUGCUUUCAUCAUUAAUAAGCCGCAGAGUUAUCAAUAUUAACAGAAUCACAUCCUCUUUUCUUCUGCGAAACACGUCUUUUUUUUUUUUUUUUCUUCUUCUUCUUCAGGUGGAAGGGCGACUGUGGGGGGAAGAAACAGCUGUGGUUUCCGGCGAACUAUGUAGAGGAGAUCAGUCCAUCAGCGGCAGAGCCCGACAGAACAGUGAGAAUCAAACCCACAAACUUUUAAGAGCUCAUUUAAAGCCAUUUAAUGUGGUAUAGAUUUAUUACACGGAGAACGGCUUUUGUUGUAACUUCUCUCCUAAUCCGUUUUCUCACUCAAGCAGGAGAUGACAGAAAACAGCCCUCUGGGAGAUCUCCUGAGAGGAAGUGUGGACGUGUCUUCCUGUCAGAUUGGUGAGUGGGCCCUCUACUUCCUGUUGGACUCCAUGCUGCAGGGAUGCAGAGCCGGCUGUCACCUUGCCACAGGGCAUUCCUCUUUCUCAAGCCAUCACGUGCAUGCAAAUAAUCUACACCCUCUUAGUUUUCUCUCACAGUUAUAGUCUCCUUUCUCAUUGGAACAGUUUUCCUCUAUCAGAUGUUUCUAUCAUUUAUCCCUCCCUGUUCGUGUCCUGUCAUGAAUUUGCUUUUCUCGCUGAAUUGUAUCCAGUUAUUUAUUGACAUCUUACAGUUGAGUCAAUACAGUGCCAUUAGUGUUGGCACAUGCAGCCAUGCAUUGUUGUGGCCUCAGCUAACCAUUGUUGAUACUUCAGCCUCUGCCUCAGCCUCGGUAUGGCUCUGUGGCUCCCUCUGGUGGCAGUAUUUGGGACAUUAACUGAUGUCUUGAACACUUUGUUCCAAGGCUUCCUCUGCAUGAACACUGCCAGAAGCCCUUUGUUUUACUUUGUGGAAAGUGAUGAGGCUGAACUUCUGGCUGGCUGCUCUUGGGGCUGCAAAUAACUGCUUUUGUACGCGGUUGCUCUGCUUUAAGGUCCGUUUGCUUCAGGUUCAAGCCUCAUUUUGACCGUAUGAGAGGUUACAGAAGUCAAAAUGAAAAGGGAGCAGCUUGUGUCUCCUGAGAAGUUAGCGUUUCAGAGGGAAAAAUUUGUUUUCUUUACUUUUACUUGAUUGAUGCUAUUCCCGUUGUUUUUUGUACGUAUCGCUAAUUUUACUUUUCGGAUGGGUGAGCUUUUUGACGAUGUGGCAGGAGAAAAAUCAUUCUCAAGCUCAAACCAGGGUAUCUGAGGGAUCUCAGGAAGUCUGACAACAUCUAGAAUCCAGUCAGAUAAGAUAAGAUACUCCUUUAUUAAUCCCACAAGGAGAAAUUCCUAAUUAACGGUUCAUCCUUUCCAAGAAACAAACAGUAGACAGACACAUACAGGGGAAGACAGAUUUCGUAGAUAAUAAAAAGGAGAACAGGAGGAAGGAAGAGAGGGAAAAAAAGGCAACUUCAAACUCUGCUCUCAUAGGAGGGCACAGCGUGGGAUCAGUAAAAAACACCUCAUAAUAUGAAUUUAAGGCCUUAAAAUGUUCUUAAAAUCUCAUAAAAUGUCUUAACUACAAUUUUGAAAGGUCUUUAAAAAUGCUUGACAUUACUUACAAAUAACGUGCCAUACGACUAAAGCUUGAUUUGAAGUAAUGUAAAACGUUCAGAUUUUCCUUCAAGUCUUUUUGUCCUUUUUUGCCAGGAUACAUAUUAAAUGGUUCUUAAAUUGUAUUCGGUACGGUCUUAAAAAGUCUUAAACUUGUCGAAACCCGCAGAGAUCCUGUCAAACAGGAAAAAAAACCAUCCUCCUUAUUUCACUUUUAUCACACAUCUUUACAACCCUUGUCUUUCUCCAUCAGUUGUGCGUCCAGACGGGAAAGGCAGCCGGCUUUAUGUUUUCUCCCUGGUGCCAAACACCUCCAUGCGGACUGGCCCAGUGCUGGAUGUCGCUGCCAGCAGCCAAGAAGAACUUAAGGAGUGGGUGUUUAAGAUCCGCGAGGUAACCGUGACCUCGGAGGCAAAGGUAAAAAGAUAUGUGCACAUAUAUGUAAUGACUGUAAAUAUAGCAGAGGUUGAUAGCAUGCUCGUGCUACAUUGACACUUCAAGGGGGGCAUGUCAUGACUUGUGUGAUUUCACUGUAAUGCCCAUAAACUGAAUAUAGCAGUGAGCAAAUGCCAAAAUGCAGAAUCACACAGUCACAGAAGCUUCGUGGUUUUGUGAAGUAGUAAUACUCGAACCGUUGUUGUCUAAGAGACAGAAAAACUUCUGUUUUGGUUCAUCUGCACCUUUGUGCUGUAAUUAUGCCAUUGUUUGUUAUUGUUUUUUGAUUUAACGUUGAUGUUUAUGAUUGAAUUUUUUACUGUGAAGCACUUUUCUACAAAAGGUCCUAUACUAAAUAAAUUUAACUUACUGACUUACUUUGUGUCUGUAUGUCCAGCUGGAGGAGGGCAAGAUGAUGGAGAGGAGGAAGAAGAUUGCACUGGAAUUAUCUGACCUGGUCAUCUACUGUAGGCCAGUGCCAUUUGAUGAAGACAGUAAGGAUCAUUCAGACACUGUAAACAUGCAGGAGUAGAUAAGGUUGAUUUUGUACAUAUGAAAAUGAUGCAAACGGCAUGCGUGUUUAACACAGGUAUGUUUUCUUCCUGAACCUUCUGUAGAGAUUGGCACAGAGCGGGCCUGUUUCAGAGACAUGUCUUCCUUCCCGGAGACCAAGGCGGAAAAGUACGUCAACAAGAUCAAGGGGAAGAAGUUUCUGCAGUACAAUCGACUACAGCUGUCGAGGAUCUACCCCAGAGGACAGAGACUGGACUCCUCCAACUAUGACCCUCUUCCCAUGUGGCUUUGCGGCUCCCAGCUGGUGGCACUUAACUUUCAGACAGCAGGUACCUACCUUCUUUGUCAACAGAGAUAGAAACUGUUCAAGAUAUUAUUUUCUUAUUUCCCACCCUCCUUUUUUUUCCCCCACUCUCGUCUUUUCCCACACGCAGACAAGCCCAUGCAGAUGAACCAAGCCCUGUUCAUGUUGAAUGGAAGAAGCGGCUACGUCCUCCAGCCGCCCAUCAUGAGGGACGACAACUUUGAUCCCUUUGACAGGCACACAUUAAGAGGCCUGGAGCAAGUCACCAUAGAGAUAGAGGUACAGUAAGGAGUGGAUCCAUGUCAUAGCGUUAAAAGUUUCUGAUGUUAGUGGUGCCAAAAAGACAGGAGGCAAAGAUGCAGCGUAAAGUCGAGGGAACAGGUGCAUGUUUGUCUUCCUUCAACAAACAGAAGAUGGUCAUAUUAGUCUGGGGCGCUGAUUCGGCCUCUGUUGGUCAACUGAGUCAACAGCAGUGGUGUCAGCAUCAGCAGCAGUUAUGACUCGCUCUCAUGGAGUCAAAUUAAGGCACUUAACAACCCUUGAACGCUGAUUGCUGCAAUCUGAGUCAAACUUUAACAAGAUUCAUGUCUCAAAUUAAAUCAGAGAACAUGAACACAUAUUUUUAGUUACAAUCAGACGUAUAUUUCCUGGCAACUUAAUCACUUUUACGCCAAGAAUAAAUGUGCAUGAAUGUGUAAGGGCAGUAAUCUAAUAAUCAUGGGUUGGACUGGACUGCUAUUAGCUAUUUCUUGAACUUUGAAGUGUGUUAAUCUUUCGAUUUGUGCGCAAAAGUCAGCUAAAAAGGUUGCAGAAUAAUCAGCAAUUUAAUGCUGCUAACUGACACUUUGUCAAAAUUAGAUAUCCAGAUUACUUCUUAAGUAAAAGUCAGACAAUCCCUGAAUCAAAGAUAUCCAAACUAACCAGACGUUUGACUCUAAUCUGUAUUUGUCUCUCUGAAGGUUCUGGGCGCCCGGCACCUGCCAAAGCACGGAAGAGGCAUAGUUUGCCCUCUGAUCGAGAUCGAGGUUUGCGGGGCAGAAUACGACAGCGCCAAGCAAAAAACAGACUCGGAAGGUGAGUGCGGCACCGAUCUGAACCCCAGGGUGUGUUUUGUCAGUGAAGCAAUAACUCUGCCAUAACUAAAGGAAUGAGCACCAACUGUUUACUGGAUACAUUACGCUUGAGAAAUUUCUUGCCCGGUCCUAGAAAAACAGGAAGUUGUACAAACAACAAAGCCAUGUGUGGGAAUACAAAGAGGAAUCAGUGGAUGGAGUUCUGGCUCAGCUCCCAGCAGGUUUUAAGCUCUUAUUUAAGCCAUGAAGAUGUAUCAUUGGCAGGGGAGGGUAGACUUUUUAUUACCGUAACCCUCACUCAGAACGACUCUAAAAGUUGAUUAUUCCACCUAAGAGAUUUUCAGAAUUUCUUUCACCUUUCAGACUUUAUAUUUUCCAUCAGCUGUGGUUCUUUUUCAGCGCUGACCUCCACCCUGCAAAGAAGUCUUGAUAAAAGUUUGAACACACAAAAGCAUAUAUGUUAUAAAAUCACUGUGUCUCUCUCUCCAUUUUUCUUCUUGUCUCCAGCCGACAACGGUCUGAACCCCACAUGGCCCCGCAAAGCAUUCCAGUUCACAGUGUGCAACUCUGCCUUCGCCUUCCUGCGCUUUGUGGUUUAUGAGAUUGACAUGUUCAGUGACCAAAACUUCCUGGCUCAGGCCACAUUCCCCAUUCACAGCUUGAAGACAGGUACACAACAUUACAGCACCAGACGUGACCUACAGCCCUGUGUUUUUGAUCAGCGCUGUAAUAAAAACCUUUUGUUUUUCAUGUCUGUGUGUGGCGAAAGGUUACCGGUCUGUACCUCUGAAGAACAGCUACAAUGAGGAUUUGGAGCUGGCAUCUCUUCUGGUUCACAUGGACAUCACCACAGGCAGGGUGAGCAGUCUUUUCUUUGAUACACCAUGAUGACAUGUGCUGUGUUUUUGGCACCUGUUUUGUGGACAUCAGGUAUUACCAAAAGUGUAUAUUGUUUAAAAAAAUCUCAUGCAUGAUUGUGUUUUUGUUUUGUACAGAAGUUAUUUCACUCUUCUUGUCCCAUCAGGAUGAAAACGGAGAGGUUCUGGGCCCGUUCCUCGCAGCCGGCUCCACACCAGUGACGGCUUCAGCCCAAGCAGGGCGGGAACGUCUCGGGGAGCUGAGCUCGGUGUCUUCGACCUCCUCUAACAUGUCCCCUCUGCCUCAGUCUCCCGCCCAGGCCAUGGCCUACAGGGGGAGGGAGGGCUCCUUCGAGUCCCGCUACCAGUCCCCACUGGAUGACUUUAGGGUGUCCCAGGAGACCCUGCUGGACCACAUGGACGCAUCUAAUCGGAGGUAAAGGUGAUGUGCUUUGAUUCUUGCUCCCUCAAGCCUGUGUGGUGGAGUGUUUGUAAGAUUCCAGACAUCCUCCUGUCUUUGUCUUUACCUCAGGAUGCUGCGGAGGACUAGAGUGGGUGGAGAGAACCGCGUCUAGGUCCAAACCAAUCAGAAUGAAGUUCUGUCGCACCCCACCACCCCCAUACCCUCCCACCCGUCCUCACCCAGUCGCCUCUCCCCGUACUGAUGAUGUCACUGACUGCUGUGAACACUGUUUCCAUGGAAACGCCCACCACCGCUUUGGCCUACAUUUCAGGCAGCUCUCCCUCCCUUCCAUUCUCCAACCGGCCCCCCCAUCCCUUUCCUCUCUCCUCCACUCUCCUCCUCUACUCCCUCUCUGCCGCUCAGCUUGACUAUUAGGAGAGACUCGGACAUAAAAGGAGAAAAGGGUGAGUGAUGGGGGGAGUACUCAGAGAGGAAGUGGACGCUGUGGACGGGAAGAAGAAACGGACAUACACAGGAGAACAAAAACGAGGCUGAAAAAGUUCCAGCUCUGGGCGGCUGGUGUGAGGGUUUGUGUUGUCCUCAGGUGUGCACGACUGCUGCACACUCUGAAGGCUAAGAGGAGGGUGGGAGAGAGAGAGGGAGGGAGUUAUAAAAGGUAUCAGUUUGAAACUGUUUCCCAGUUAGGUUUCUUUGCUCUUCUCUAUUUUGCAUAUAUGAAUAUAUGUAUUUAUUCCUGCUGUGCUGUCAGCCAGAGAACAGCAGCAGCUGACCUGCUCUCAAAGAGCUCCUGUCUCCAUGUUUUUAAUUAUUAUAAUUAUUUAAACCUUUAAACAUUCAUAAUGUGACUUUACUUUUUUUUAAUGUAUAUGUGUAAAACACGAGGGCUCUCUACUGCUAUUUUAAUGUCUCAUUCUCUGCUCUGUGGAGGAAACGACGCACCUCCAGUCUAACUUAACACCCAUAACCCUGAGGAACUCCGUCUUUUCAAAGACCUCAUAAAGAGUGGUGGUCUUUGUGUGUUUGAAGCAGAGAGAGCAGGCAGCAUCGUGUGUUUGGUCUGCAUAUACAGACACAUAUGCAUUCUCAUGCACGCUAUCUUUAUUUCUAACUUACAUUCCUAAAAACUGCACAUCAUUCCUCUUCCCUGCAUUGCAGGUGCCUUUACAAGCCAGUCAGACACAUGAGAAAUUCUGUCCCCUCCAUAGUCUUACUGCGUACUGAUCACAUCUACUGGAGAUUGAACACCACACUGUCUAGGACCAGCGGUACAUGUUGAUGACUGACUGUUCUUGCUGUUCUUAUUUUGCAACCUGUUUAAAGGCAGUUUUAAAGAAAUACAGAAUGAGUUGCAGGGUUAGGGCAUAAAAUAUAGCGAUUCCAGGAACAAAUAUUUAUACAGAUGUGAAAACAUCUUCAUUUAUGGGCAAGAUAUUGAAUGUUUCAGCUCUGUCACCAUAAUUACGAAAGCUCAAGACUGUAUCAUGGUGACGACAUUAUCUUUUUAAUUACUCUUGAUUGAAUAUUUAUUUGGUUUCUUUUAACUGCAUUUCAUCUUUUCAACUGACUUUAUGGAUUAUGUUUUUACUCGGUCAACCAUGACUUGUCCCUUAACUGAAACUGCUUCACUAUUUCGGUGAAAACAAAAAAACACAGCAGCAAAAAAAUCAGCGUUGUUGAUAAGAAUGUUUCGAUAGCAGACAAAGUGUAUUUGAUAUCCCAGACAUGGCUGAUAAAGGUUGUAAAAUGUGUCCUCUGUGUUUGAACAGAUAUCCUGUAACCAAGUGUAGAGAGUUGCUUUAGACCUGAAGGAUUGUUUUCUCGUCAAGUAUCAGGCCACCUCUUAGUAAUCAUGGGGUCGUAUGAAGGUAUACUGCCAUGAGAUACUGCUAAAUUGGUUUCUUGUGCUUUUUAACAACAACAACAACAAGUUUAGACUUUCAUUCCUGCAGUUUUUCCACUAAUAUUCAUAAAACUUAGCAAUUGAGACUUCUCACAAGAUUAACGUAGGGUUUUCUUUUCUGUUUUAAGUUGCAGUUUUUGUUGCAACAAAGCUUCGAACAAGUUAACUAUCGAGGUGCUUGGGUUUACAGAGAAAAAGGUUCAAAGUGUGAGACAUCUUCAAUUAUUUUUCCCAAUCACGCGUCAGAAACAGUGUUUCCUCUGCUCAUGUGAUGACUUAACGAUUCAACUCAGUAUUUUCAGUCAGUGUUUGACCGCUGAGACACACAGAAGCCAUAUGGACUUUGACGUUGUGGUAAAAGCAGGGACAAAAGUGAUCACUUAAGGUCUUGGUGAGAUUUUUUUUUACAUCUUAUGUUUUCAAGCUUUUGAUUGGUUGAUCCCAAAGCUCCCUUGUAUCCCCCCUUUCAUUGCUGCAUUGCUCUUUUUGCUGACCUGUCUGCUAAUGUCUGUGCCUCCGUCUGUUACAUCACAUUAAAGCCAAGUCAUUCAAAAACGGCCCUUAAAGCAUCUGCACAGCCAUGCUCAUCCACACAGAUGAUGUCACUUACUUUGACCGAUAACUACUGUUCAGGUUGUCAUUUUAUUUUAUUUUAUUUUACUUGUUUUAGCACGACAGUAUAGUUGCCAAACAUUCUGUAAAGAGGUCCCAUUCACUCAGAAUCUACGUGGCUGUGCAGGGCUUAAGUCGCACCAUUCAUUUUUACUUCUGUUUGAUUUUUUUCUUUUAAAUUUAGUCUGUUUUGUUCCCCAUGGUCUCAUUUACAAUCGCCUUUCUGUAAUGUGCCUAAACUAUGGAGAGGAAAGAACUCAUUUAAUUUUGCCUUUCAUAUGAAACAUAUUCAAGCCUGAAACGUAAAUAAAAUACUGCUUUAUACUA